UUACAAGCACUUUCAUAUGACUGCGGAGGAAACGCUGGGCUACUACAAGCACCUCACCUGAAGACGGGUUUUGGCUGCUGAUUAAAAAAAAAAUAAUAAAAAAAAAUCCAAAUGUCAACUCUAAAUGUCCGUGUUACGACCAUGGAUGCGGAGCUGGAGUUUGCCAUUCUGCCCAGCACAACUGGCAAACAGCUGUUUGAUCAGAUAGUGAAAACAAUUGGGCUGAGGGAGACCUGGUUCUUUGGCCUUCACUAUCAGGACAGCAAAGGCUUCUCCACUUGGCUCAAGCUCAACAAGAGGGUGACGGCUCAAGAUGUGAAGAGGAACAACCCUCUGCUGAUCAAGUUCAGGGCCAAGUUUUACCCCGAGGACGUCGCCGAUGAACUGAUCCAGGAGGCAACACAGCGGCUCUUCUUUCUGCAGGUGAAAGAGAGUAUCUUAAACGAUGACAUAUACUGUCCACCUGAGACCGCGGUGCUCUUGGCUUCCUACGCCGUCCAGGUCAAACAAGGCGACUACAGGAAAGAUUAUCACGUACAAGGAUACCUCGGUAAAGACAAGCUGCUGCCACAGAGGGUUUUGGAGCAGCACAAGCUGAAUAAGAAUCAGUGGGAAGAAAGGAUCCAGGUGUGGCACGAAGAGCACAAAGGAAUGCUGAGAGAGGACGCAAUGGUGGAGUAUCUGAAGAUAGCCCAGGACCUGGAGAUGUACGGCGUCAACUAUUUCAACAUCAAGAACAAGAAGGGGUCGGAGCUGUGGCUGGGCGUGGACGCGCUGGGUCUCAACAUCUACGACAAGAAAGACAAGAUGACCCCAAAGAUUGGCUUCCCCUGGAGUGAGAUCAGGAACAUCUCCUUCAACGACAAGAAAUUUCUCAUCAAGCCAAUUGACAGGAAAGCUCCGGACUUUGUCUUUUAUGUUCCUCGUCUUCGUAUCAACAAACGCAUCCUGGCUUUGUGCAUGGGGAAUCAUGACCUGUACAUGCGCAGACGCAAACCCGACACUAUUGAGGUGCAGCAGAUGAAGGCCCAGGCCAGGGAGGAGAAGAACAAGAGGCAGAUGGAGAGGGCUCUGCUGGAGAGCGAGAAAAAAAAGCGAGUAAAUGCUGAAAAGGAAACAGAGAAGAUUGCUCGGGAGACCAUGGAGCUGAUGGAGAGACUGAGACAGAUUGAGGAGCAGACAAAGAGAGCCCAAGAUGAGCUGGAGGAGCAGACUCGUCGAGCGCUUGAGCUGGAAAAGGAGAGAACAAUUGCUCAGGAGGAGGCUGAGCGUCUGGACAAGGAUCGCAGGGCUGCGGUCGAGGCCAAAGCAGCGUUACUACAACAAUCUGAAACCCAGAGCAAAAGCCAAGAAAACUUGGCCACUGAGCUGGCAGAGCUUACCUCUAAGAUCUCCCAGCUGGAAGAUGCCAAGAAGAAAAAGGACGAGGAGGCGAAACGAUGGCAGAAAAGGGCAAUGAAGGUAGAGGCUGAUCCGGGGCGAGUCAAAGACGGGCUGAAGACUAAACUGAAAGAUGUCCACAUCCAGAAUUCAGCCCAUCCUCAUAUGCACGAUCACGAUGAGACGGAUGAGAGCAGUGCAGAGGCCAGCGCUGAGCUGACUUCUCCGGGCAUGGACCGAGAUCGCAGUGAGGAGGAGAGAGUGACAGAGGCACAGAAGAACCAGAGGCUCCAGAAAAACCUGAAGUUCCUGAGCACGGAGCUGGCCAGGGCCGUAGACGAGAGCAAGAAGACCCCCAAUGACCUGAUCCAUGCCGAGAACGUGAAGGCGGGCCGCGACAAGUACAAGACCCUACGCAAGAUCCGCCAGGGCAACACCAAGCAGCGCAUUGACGAGUUUGAGUCCAUGUGAGGCGGCGAGGAGUGAAAACAAUAGAAGAUGAACUGAAGUUUUAGAAGAGUAUAGGUGGAGAUUAUCAGUUAUGUAAUUAACUUGAAGCAACCAAAUGUGACAACAAAUUAUAAUACACUAAGCUUUGUUGUCUAAUGAUUUUAAUAUCAUUUUAUCUGGGAAGAGUUCACGGUAAAUAUUAGAAUUGUCCUUAGAAAUAGACUAUUUUGAGUGUGCAAGAAUAAAAACAAACAUACACAGUCUAGUCUGGAGUUCUGGACUUAUAUCGUCAUUGCUCGUAUUUCUGUUGUCCGUGACAGUCUGAUUACACAGAGCUGCAUUUUGCCAUGCUGUAAACGUAACUAAUGAGGACGGAUUUUAGCAAUAGCAUCGAGGCUACUUGUGGUUGUUCCAUGUAAACAUGAAAAUCUUUCCUUCAUUUCAGAAAUAAAAAGCAAAGGAGCACAUUCAGUGUGCUGCG